ACAAAUAAAAGAGUACAGUCGUGAAGUUACACCAAAUAAAACGUCGAUUUCCUAAAAUAGUGAGUGUUGUGCACGUGUAAAAGUGUGAUAAUCACGAUUGAGCAAUUCAAAUAAACGAAGCGGCGCGGAAACGCGUACCGUUUUAUGUAAUUUCGCCGUCCUUGUAAUGACAUGGCAAAAAUUUUCGGACCUUGCCCCUUACUGUAAAGGUAUCGUGAGAGGUGAGCAGUGCUUUCGGGCUUCCUGAACAAAAUAACUGCAAAAACGCGAUCUGUGCGUUACAGCGAUGCCAGUGAGUUAUUGAAUUCGAUCGUGUAAUCAGCUAUUAACAAAUUGCAAUUGGAACGUUCAUUUGGUGGUGACAACUUUGGAAAUUGGUCGAAAUGGCUGCAGUUACAAACGGAAUUAAAGGUGAGAACAAAGAUGUUUACGAAGUAUAUGAGGAAAUUACUAUUCCUGUACCUUGGGGACACAUAAGUGGAAAAUGGUGGGGUCCCAAAAACACGCAACCAAUAAUCGCAAUACACGGUUGGCAAGACAAUUCAGGCACCUUCGAUAGUCUCGCCCCUUUACUGAAAGAAAAAGGUCUGUCUUUACUGUGCAUAGACCUCCCAGGACAUGGUUUGUCCUCUCACUUACCUGACGGUCAGUUUUACUACAUAUUCUGGGAUGGAGUUCAUUUUCUGAGACGCGUGGUCAAAUAUUACAAGUGGACGGAGCCUAUAACCGUCAUAGGACAUUCCUUGGGUGGUGCCAUCGCAUUCCUGUAUGCUGCGGCAUAUCCCGAUCAAAUCAAGAAGUACGUCAGUAUUGAUAUCGCCAGUCCGAGUGUCAGGACACCAGAAAAAAUGGUGUCUGCAAUCGGUGCAGCUGUCGAUAAAUUUCUGUAUUACGAAACCCUACCGGAGGAGAAACAUCCUUGUUACACGAAAGAGGAGAUGCUGGACAUCUUGGUAGAUGCGCACAAUGGAUCCGUGACUAGACAGGGUUGCGAAUAUUUAUUGAAAAGGGCCGUUAAGCCUGCAAAACAUAAAGAAGGUUAUUAUGUUUUCACCAGAGAUACGAGAUUGAAGGUUUCCAGUCUCGGAUUUCUUUGCAUGGAGCAAGUUUUGCAUUUGGCGCGACAAAUAAAAUGCGAAGUUUUGAAUAUUCGGGGAAACCCCGGCAUGAAAUUUGACAUUCCCGAAAAUUAUAAUAUAGUUUUGGAUGAAAUUGAAAAAUCGGCGAAAAAACUGGAAAGACACGUUGUCGAUGGUACACAUCAUCUACAUCUAAAUGAUGGUGCUUGUGUUGCCGAUAUAAUACACAAGUUUAUAAUAUCCUAGAAAAUUUAUAGAUACAUAUUAUAUUGAUGUAACAAGUCGGUGACUUCACAGGACUAGGCUGUUUUAAAUUAUUUAUUUUUUAAUUUAUAUUAUUUUAAAUAAAGUAUACAAAAUAUAUAUUAAA